AGCCCAGGGCAUUUGGCCAAAGUGGCAUUCCUUGACCCCAGAGGCAUCUGGACACAAGUCAUUCCUGUUGGGUUUAUUAGUGCUUGAACAACAAGACCUUUAUCAGGCAGGAGUUUUGGUGUCUCCCCUCAGCAGCCUUGUGAAGACUCGGGACAGGCGUCAGCCAUGAAGAUCCUGUACCUGCUCUUUCCCCUCUUGCUCCUGUUGGUCCAGGGUGCUGCAGCACUAGGAAAAGCAGAAAAAUGCAUACAAAAAAAGGGAUUCUGCGUUUUGGGAGGCUGCCGUUUCCCCUAUAAGUAUGCGGGGACUUGUUCAACAUUCAGUCACUGCUGCAAACUGUAA